AUGGAGUACUUGCAAAGGGAAUUUAGUCAAUUGGGUUUAAAUAAUGAUUUCCAUUUUCUUCCAAGGUGUAAAAGACUAGGAGUGAUGCAUGUGUGUUUUGCUGAUGAUUUAUUGAUGUUCUGCAAAGCUGAUUUGAAGUCAAUUAAGUUACUGCAGGAUGCAUUUCUGAAAUUUUCAAGAGCUUCAGGCCUUCAAGAAAAUCCAAAUAAAAGCUCAGGUUACAUAGCAUGUAUAAAUGAGAGGAUGAAAGAACUUAUCUUGCGGGAGUUGGGAUAUAAUGAAGGAAGCCUACCAUUUAAAUACUUAGGGGUACCAUUAGCUCCUAAAAAGCUAUCUAACCAACAGUGCCGGCCAUUGGUUGAAAAGAUCACUGCAAGGAUCAGUUGUUGGACCUCAAAAUUAUUAUCAUAUUCUGGAAGAUUCCAGCUCAUUAAGUCAGUGAUUUUUAGGAUGCAGUCUUAUUGGGCUCAGAAGAGCUUUGGUAGUAUGGACAGAGUUUGUUUACCACAAACAAUGGGAGGUUUGAAUGUGAUAAACCUUUGUAACUGGAAUAAAGCUGCAAUAGUGAAGCACCUGUGGGCAAUCACAAAGAAGAAAGACUGCUUAUGGAUUCGAUGGAUCCAUUCUUAUUACAUAAAGAACAGGAGCAUUGACACCAUGACUAUACCUAAGAGUGCAGCUUGGGUAGUAAGGAAGAUUAUUGAACAAAGGAAGUUUAUACUGAAUUUACCAAGUUUACAAGGCAAUGAGCAAGAAAGACUGGAGUCCUUACAGAACACAAAUGGUAAAUUCAGUAUUAAGAAGCUCUAUAACUUGCAAACUCCUCAGGGUCAGAAGGUAUACUGGAAAAGUCUGAUCUUACAUCCUCAUAUACAUCCUAGACACAAAUUCAAUCUGUGGCUAGCCAUACAAAGGAGACUACCAACAGAUGAUCGACUGCAGAAAAUUGGUAUUCAAGUAGCUCAGAUUCAAGCUUGGGAGGAGGAGCUGCACUGGGUGGUUUAUCAUGCUAGGAAGAAGAAAGGGAUUGGCAAUAUUAUUGUAGCAGUGUUUGGCAUGUUGAUAUACAGUUUAUGGAGGCACAGGAAUCUGCUCAGAUUUCAAAAUGGAAGUACUUCAGCAGCGCAGAUAUGCCGAGAGAUCACUACAUAUGUUCAUAUUAAAAGCCAUAUACACAGCAAUUGGCAGGAACACAUGGAAGCUUUGAACAGAUAUCCAUAG